AUGGCAACGAGAAGGCUGCAAUUUGAUGAAGUAGGAAAGAAUAGAUGUGUUGCAGAGAUGAACGAAGAGGGUGUCGCUGUUGAAGAGGUGACAAGAUGCAAUAUAGGGAUGCAACAGGUUGACAUUCCAUGCUGCAACUUUGUCGAUAGUUUACUGGUUGGUCAAGAAGGACCUAGCAUAACUUUGUUCUCACCGCCUGCAACUGUUGACCCAUCAGUGAUUGUGACACCAGACGAAGAGCAUAAAUACAGCCAUAAAGAAAACUUGGACCAAGCUUUGAUUCCUAGAGUGGGUAUGUGCUUCAAAACAGAGGAUGAAGCACAUAAAUUCUACUGUACAUAUGCUGAGAAGGCAGGUUUCCAGCCAAAGAAGGCUAACAAAACUGAUUAUACUAGGUACUUAAGGUGCAAUAAUUAUGGAAUAGGUAAAUACUACAAGGGGAACGAGGCAAAACGCGUCAGGGGCAAGACAACAAAGAAGACAUCAUGCCUGGCAUUCAUCAAGCUAAAGUUUAGACGUGACAAAGAAAAUAGUGAAGAAUUUGCAGAGAUUACAGAUGUCAGACUGAACCAUAACCACGUGUUGCUCCCAAAACCUACAGAAACAAAACAGAUGAGGGCGCACAAGUACAAGAAUCCUUUGCUUCUAGAAUAUGUUGAUGACUUACAAUCAAAUGAUGUUCCUAACCAUAGCAUUAGAAACAUAUUAAGAGAUAUGCAUGGAGGUGAGGAGAAUAUAGCGAUGACAGAUCGAGAUUUGAAAAACCGAAAGACGGCUAAUAUGAGGGCGGAGCAUGCAAAUGACGUCAACAAGCUGCUGGAAUUCUUCAAAGACUGUGAGGCAGAAAACCCCCAAUUCCGCUGGGAGGCAAAGAGCAAGACGCUUACGAAGAGCAAAUGGGAAUUCGAGAUACAAAUGGGAAGAAUUUACACUAGAAAUGUGUUUAAAGACUUUGAGAAGAAAGUAGUAGACUACACUGCAUAUAAGAUUGAGGACAAUACUGAAGCAGGAAGAAAUUGCUACCUAGUAUGUCACACAAACAAGACUGCGAAGAUAACAUGGGGGCAACACAAAUUCAAAGUAAGGGCAGACAAAGAGAACGGCGAUUUCAGUUGCGAGUGUAGAGAAUGGGAACACACAGGCCUAUUUUGCGUGCAUUUGCUACGGACCUUCAUUCACAUUCAAGUUGAUAAAAUACCUGUGAAGUACAUUUUUAAGCGAUACACCAAGUUUGCAAGAAAUGAAUUGGCAUUUAGCAAGGAAGACAAGCUUUUGACAGGAGCCGAUGGCAACACAACAAGCUAUAGAACACAGUUGCUACUGACCAAGAGCACAAAAGUUGUGCAAGCAGAUACCAUGUCGAAUGUUGCGUUCCAAAGAGCAAUUGAAGAAACAUUUAGGCAAGAUGAUAGGGAGAGGGGGGUCAGCAUGAUGUGUGGGGGCACGGAGAGGGGGAGCAGGCAAACAAAUAAUGCACUUGGCACAGUAAUUGACACAUGUCAUGAUCAUGUUGAUAGAGUAGCAGCAGAGGUCGGUGUAACACAGGAGACGAGGAUUUCAAUGGAUCGACCACCUCAAGCAAAGACAAAGGGACGUUGCAAGACAUCAUCAGAAAAGAAUGAAGUCACUCUUGGAGCACAAGGCGAGAAGAAGGGAAAUAGAAGAUGCAGCGUUUGUCACCUCUAUUCAACACAUAACUCAGUGACAUGCCCAACGUUGGAAAAGAAUAAAGACCGCCUUGAUGCGAAAAAGAAUAAAAAGAGGGGCAGACAUGCAGGAGCAAAUAACAAGAAAAACAAGUCUGAUCAUGGAAAUGAUAGAAACAUGCAGGAGGAAAGGCCGAUGGAAAGGAGGAGGCUAUUGGAAGACCGUUCUUACAUAGAAAUUCAUAGGAAUUCAGAUGAUGAUGAUGAAUAUGUUGAUGAUGAAAAUGUUGAUGAGGCUGACCUAGUUUGA